AGUUCGCUGUUAUAAAAGUGGGAAUUUUUAACAAUUUCCAACAAAUUUCGUGAUAAAGAUUAUCGAGAUACGAGCCCAAUAAAGUCAUCCGCAAAUCCCCAAGUCGUUCCCGUUACCGAGAAAGUGGAAAACAGUAGAUAACUGCGUUCAGAUCCACGAAACGAACGACCGAAGACGAGGCUGAAUCUACGGAAGAGGAAUCUGCAUUCUGGCUUUUGUUCUUCUCUUUUGCUAAAAGAGUCCUCCUACAAGAUCCGGAGAACCAAUCAACCAAAUCACAACCGACCCCUAGAGAAUACAGAAAUUUGCGACCGGCGAUCCGGGUGUCUCGGAACUCAUCCGAAACGGUGCCGUCAGCAUCAGAGCAAGAUCUCCUGCAGUUGCAACAGUAAACCAUCAGAAAAACCACCAACAAAGCCAAGAAACUCACACAAUAUUGAGACAAGUGGCCUCAGUAGCCGGUCCUGGAGACCAAAGCGGUUUACAUCCUCAAAACAGCUUGCGAAGGACCAGGAAGCUGGAUUCAAUUGCCGUACUGGGGUAAAUCCUCAUUAGUGGCUUUGGGAGGAUAUUUAAAUUGACUACAGCGUUUCUUGCUUGGCUGGUGGAAGCCGGUUUGACUGGAAGAAAUGGCUAAGCUCGUACAGUAUAUAAUCGUGAAUGGAGAAAUUGCAAAAACAUGGCCAAAAGGAGCUCUGAUUGCGCAGUGUUGUCAUGCAGUCGCUGCUGUGAACCACCUUUUCUCGGAUUCAGAAACAGCGGAAUAUUUUAGUGAUAUAGACAACAUGCACAAAGUGGUUCUUGAGGCCCCGACCGCGAGUAAGCUUGUUGACCUGGGCGAAUUGCUGCAGCAAAAUGAUAUUAAGCAUAAAGUAUGGAUCGAACAGCCCGAAAAUCUACCCACCUGUAUCGCUCUGAAGCCAUACCCCAAGGAUGUGGUCCAGAAAUACUUGAAGAAGUUUAAACUACUUAGCUGAAAGAUUUUAUCAAUUGCUUACGAUUAAACAGACGAAUUGAAUAGUUUUGUUUCGUAACGUAAAUAAAACUUACUAAUG